AUGAUGAGCGAUAACGACAUUGUCGUCAAAAUUUCGAAGGUUGGUUAAGAAAACGCUUCAAAAAGUUUGAUUUAUGAUUUUCAGGAACUUGAAGAUUUGAAAGUUUCUCAUAAAGGAAUGCACAACAUGCUGGUCAAAAUGCAGGACGAGAAGGAUAUGCUGAAGAAAGUAAGAAAAAUGUUUUAGAGGGGUUUCUACGUUUCUAGGAAGUAGACGAUGUGAGACGCGCAAACGCGGCCGUCCACAACGCCGUAUUUCUCCUCGAAGAAGAAAAAAUCAAUCUCCGUAAAGCUGUUCACAAGCUGAAAGUAAAACAUAUCAAAAAUAGGACACAUUGAAUCUUAGAUAUAAUUCAGCUUCGCAACUCGAUGACUCAGAAGAAGGUUUUGAAGCUGAAAGAGAAGUUGCGGGGCGUCAUAAAAGACGACGGCGAAUCUUCCGAUGAAGAUUUAGAAUUUGCGGAUUAUGAUGAAAUCGGCCGCGAUUUCAUUCUUGUUGGCGGUAAUUGCAUCUUUUUUUUCUGUGAUGAACCAUUAUUUUCGAAGGAAUUAAUGAUCCGUUGUCAUUUGGCUACAAAGUUACUCUUUUGGAUGAACACGAGAAAGAGCACAAGAGCGCUGAACGAUACUACUGGUAUCGUUGGGAACUACAAAUUUAAUAUUGAAAUGAUAAUUAAGGUACUUGAUGGCUGAAUAUUUUAACGAUCAAGAUGCCAUGACGGAAAUUCGCACUGCACCCACAUAUAAUGGCGCCGAAAACGCUAUGAAGAAUAUCAAGGCGUUCAGUGAGAAAAAAUGGAAUCAGGUUCGAUUUGUUGAUUAUUAUCAAAGCAGAAUAUUCGCUUUCAGAUCAAGCUGGAAAUGUACAUCAAAGCGCAAACUCUGAAGUUUGAACAGGCGCGUAGCAUUCGUAACUGUCUUGUCAGUACUGGCACAAGCUAUAUUGCUGUCGCUUCAGAAGACAAGGUGAAAACAUGUUCAAUUUUUUUAUUUUCUAUUUUGCUGAUUAUCAAAAAUCACUUUAGGUGAGCUGAAAAAAUUCUCUCGGAGUUAUAAUUGACUUUUUUUUAGGUAAAAAUAAUUCAUGUAUUUUCCUUCAGCUGUAGAAUAUUUUCAUUUCGAAUUGUAGGGAAAAUGAAAGUCGAACCGCUCGCCAAAAUUAGGGUUUUUUCAGGAAUUGAUGUAAUGUUUGAAGCAAAAAAAAACGUUUCCUUCACACUCCAACCAUAUCAGAUUCGCUUUUUUUUUGGGUUGGAACUAGUUUUUAAAGUUUUCCUGGUUCUAAUUUUACUUGCAUGUGCAAAAAAUGUACGAAACAAAGCGGUAUGUUCUUUUUCCAACGUUGAGUAUUUUUUUUUUGAAUUAAGCUCUACGGAACGGGAUGGAGAAAAAUCCGCGAGGAAGCCAUGAAGCCUUUGACUUGGGACGGACAAAACGAAGGCGGCCGAACGCUUAUGAGAAUUCGCAAACAGUCACUUCUCAAACACAGUUGGGACAGCAAGCAAGAGCAAGCGGUCAGAUUUAAAAAAAAACAUUUUUUUUAGAUGUGAUAAGUUUUUCUAGUAAUCUAUUCAAGAAAAAUCAUAUUCAAAUUUUGAGAGCAUUUUUUUUCGCAGUUUUCACCAUGAGAUUGUAUUUUGAAUUCUUCACUUUUUUUUUCCUUGGUUUCGAAGCUCGGACAUUUUGAAUUUCUGAAGAGGGCUCAGAACUUAUUUGAAAGUACGGUUAAUUAAAAUUCUGGAUUUGAAUUUAUUUCGUAAAUUUUUUGUCCAACAGUUCUUUGCCUUAAACGAUUUGCUUCUAAAUCAAAUGCACUUCUAGAAAUAACUAUUCUAUAUCAUAGAUUCAGCUUUUCACCUAUCAAAUUCAUGAUUGAAAUCCUGUGAUUUUUUUUCUCCAGUUUUUCAAGUUUAUUAAAUUUUGAAAUGGCGAAUUUCCAUUGGUCUUUUGUGGUUUGAUCUGAAAACUGAUUUUUUCCAUAUAUCUGAAUCAAACUGUUGAAUUCAGGAGACGGAAAAUCGUGUUCGGGACCUCCGCCGCUUUGUCUGGCGUCGCAUCGACACCAACAGAAGGCCCGGCGGUCCUCUUAUGAACAGGAAAUUCAACGGCGAACAACGUCAAGCCCAGCGAAACUGA